AUGGCAUACCAACACGGCUAUCGUGCCGUCUCAUACUUCGUGAAUUGGGCAAUUUAUGGCAGGAACCAUCAGCCCCAAGACUUGCCUGCAGACAAACUCACCCAUGUCCUCUAUGCAUUCGCCAACAUCAAGCCUGAUACUGGGGAAGUACAUCUUACCGACGCUUGGUCAGAUACAGACAAGCAUUACGACGGGGACUCCUGGAACGACGUCGGAACCAAUGUCUACGGCUGUAUGAAACAGCUCUUCCUGCUCAAAAAGCGCAACCGCAAUCUCAAGAUUCUGCUCAGUAUUGGUGGCUGGACUUACUCUCCCAACUUUGCCGGACCUGCAUCUACGGAGGCUGGCCGUCAAUGCUUUGCCAACAGUGCUGUAGCUCUACUCAAAGACCACGGUCUCGAUGGUCUAGACGUCGAUUGGGAGUACCCGGCAGACGACGCGCAGGCUCGCGACUACGUACUCCUCUUACGAGCCACGAGACUUGCUUUGGAUGCAUACUCUCACUCCCUGCCAGGAAACCCUCACUUUGCCCUCACUGUGGCUGCUCCGUGCGGUCCUGAAAACCUCCAUCGUAUGCACCUGCGCGAGAUGGAUCAAUAUCUCGACUUCUGGAACUUGAUGGCAUACGACUUCACUGGUACAUGGAGUACACAUGCUGGCCAUCAGACCAAUAUUGCACCCUGCCAACAGAAUCCACAGUCAACACCUGUGAGCACUGAAGAUGCCGUCCGCUGGUACACGGAACACUGCGGCAUCCACCCGAGCAAGCUUGUGAUUGGCAUGCCAUUGUACGGCCGUAGUUUCGCCAACACUGACGGACCUGGCGCACCGUAUUCAGGCGUUGACUCUGGAGCUAGUUGGGAAGCUGGAUCCGGUAUCUGGGACUAUAAGGCUCUCCCCCGCCCAGGAGCGACCGAACACCACGACCCUUCCGCCGGCGCAUCAUGGAGCUACGACCCCUCCUCCCGCGUCAUGAUUACCUAUGACAAUCCAGCCUCUUCGGCCGCCAAAGUCUCCUACAUUCAGCAAAGAGGAUUAGGAGGAGCCAUGUGGUGGGAAAGCAGUGGAGAUAGAACAGGUGAGGGCAGUAUCAUCAGCAUGGUUGUCAACGGUGUGGGUGGAUAUGGCGGUAAACAUAUGCAGAAGGUCGAGAACUGUCUGGAAUAUCCGCACAGCAAGUAUGAUAACUUGAGGAAGGGGUUUCCCGGGGAGUAG